CCAACUGCUCAUCACAUCAAUUCAUUCUGAUUCUGUUUUCUUUGUGUUUCUGCUUGUAAUUGAAAAUGCAGUAUCACGCAAGAGCUUAUCAGUUUGGUGAGGGUUCCUAUGGCGAGAGGACAUCGCUUCAGCUUUCUGGGCAAUCGGAGCAGUCGUCGAGGAUGAUGUCGCCGCUAGAGAGAAUCGAACGCUUGGCGUCUGAGAAUGCCGUGGUGGUUUUCAGCAUUAGUUCGUGCUGUAUGUGCCAUGUUGUGAAGCGGCUCUUCUGCGGGUUGGGAGUGAAUCCGACUGUUUAUGAGAUUGAUGAAGAGCACGGCGGGAAGGAGAUGGAAAAGGCUCUGCUCAGAUUGCUCGGCAGCGGCCAGUCUGUGCCCGCUGUGUUCGUUGGGGGAAAGCUUGUCGGCGGUCUCGACCGUGUAAUGGCGUCUCAUAUUAAUGGCUCCCUUGUUCCUUUGUUGAAGGAAGCUGGAGCAUUGUGGCUCUGAGAUCUUUUUUUUUGGUCUCUCUGCCUUCAAUUGUUCAUAGCUUUGUUUGAUGAUGCGCUAGGGUUUUCAGUCUCCAUUUUGCUGGUUCUUCUUUUCCGGGGACUUGAACCGCUAACUUUAAGUUGUUUUUUAUGUUUAAGAUUGGGGUAUGGGUGGGGGAGGGGUUUGGUUUCGGUUCGUGAGAUGGAUGGAUAUUUAAUUUUGUAUAGAGUUCUGCUGUUUUUUUAUCUUUCUGUUGUGGGCGUCGAAGUUUAGCUCGGCUUUAUAUGCCCCAAGGCAACUCGGCCUGCUUCCGUUUGUUACAUAAUAUUAAUAUUAAGUCACAUAUAUUUGACUGCAAA